UAUCGCUAGAGUAUGCUCCCUUCUGUAGAGUAGGAAUUUUCUUAUUUCGUUCUUAGCUGCGCAAGUAAACCUGCUUUUCGGCUAGCUGCUUUCUAAUAGCCAAACCAUUCCUUAAAGCUUUCCUCUUCUCGUUCUUCUUCCUCUUUCUUUCUCUAGUCCUAUUUCCAUUCUUGAACCAAUGGCAGUCCUGUUCACUGAAUCUUUAAAUCUUCCUCCUGUCUCACCGAUUGGAUUUGAGGGCUAUGAGAAGCGACUUGAGAUUACUUUUUCUGAAGCACCUUUAUUUGUUGAUCCUCAAGGCCGAGGCCUUCGCGCACUAUCUAGGUCACAGAUUGACUCUGUUCUGGAUAAAGCUCAAUGCACCAUUGUUUCAGAGCUUUCAAACAAAGACUUCGAUUCCUAUGUCCUUUCUGAGUCGAGCCUUUUUAUCUAUCCAUACAAAAUAGUCCUUAAGACGUGUGGAACAACGAAGCUGCUCCUGUCUAUCCCUACUAUACUCGAGCUUGCAGCAGGGCUCUCACUCUCUGUCCUCUCCGUGAAAUACUCACGUGGGACUUUUAUAUUCCCUGGUGCCCAACCUGCACCGCAUCGCAGCUUCUUGGAGGAGGUUGCUGUCCUGGAUCACUAUUUUGGUGGCCUUGCGUCUGGAGGGAAUGCUUAUGUUAUUGGUGAUCCAGGAUCGCCCAAUCGUAACUGGCACGUUUAUUAUGCCACCCAGAAGCCUGAACUGCCAAUGGUGACACUGGAGAUGUGCAUGACUGGCCUGGACAACAAGAGGGCAUCCAUUUUCUUUAAGAAUUCUGCAGAAGGCCAUUCUUCCUCCGCAAAGGAGAUGACAAACCUUUCAGGCAUUUCAGACAUCAUCCCUGAGAUGGAGAUCUGCGAUUUCGAGUUUGAUCCAUGUGGUUAUUCAAUGAAUGGCAUUCAUGGCACUGCAUUGUCGACAAUCCAUGUGACCCCAGAAGAAGGGUUCAGCUAUGCCAGCUAUGAGGCCAUGGGAUUCAAUCCUAAUGAAAUUGUGUAUGCAGAUCUUGUCAACAAGGUUCUCCAGUGCUUCGGUCCGCAGGAGUUCUCCCUUGCUGUUACAAUCUUUGGUGGUCGUGGGAAAGCCGGAACCUGGGCAGAAAAGGUGGUUAUGGACGGCUAUGCGCUCAAGGAUUUGGUGGAGCAGGAGCUCCCGGGUGGUGGACUCUUGUUGUACCAGAGUUUUUCUGCUGAAGAAGAGACGGUACCCUCGCCAAGGUCCAUUCUGCAUUGCUGGGAGAAGGGAGAUAUGGAGUAGGAGAGACUGAGAAAGAUGAGAAGGGAACUUUUAGAGAAUGGUUGUUAUCAAUGUCACCAUGAACAUUGCGUAUUCAUUUUGCUUUUGUUUGCCUUUUGUUUUGUUUUUUGUUUUUUUUUUCUUCUUUAAACCUGGUUUUUUAGUGAUGCAGCCGGUCAGUUUAUCAGUGUCUACCUAUGCUGGGACUUUCUACAGCCUUUUUAAUCCCAGAAUCAAGUAUCUGAAUAAAGCUCUAUGUGGCAUGGUGGCAAUGCCUUCGGAGCAAAGUCUUCAAGUUAUUUCCUAUUGUUGGGGUGUUUUAAACUUUUUGUUCCUCAAUAAAAUGAGUUACAAUGUUCAAUCUGUUUAUGAAAUUAUUGUAGUUGUUUUUUUAAUGAGUUGUGACCUUCAGCUGGUGGUUUUUUUUGAUAUCUUGCUGUAGUUUGUGGUGUUCUGAAGAUUAUCUUCUCAUUAGCUA